UUGCACACAUGGACUGAGACAUAAUAGAUAAACAAGCUACUUAUUAUUGUCUGCAUACAGAAUGUGCUUCAUACCUUCAGCCUGUACAGAAUUACCAGUAACCAGUACGGGGAAAAGUUAGCAUAAUGGAGGAUACAUGACAAAGGUAUCACCAGUUAGGAAGCAUUAUGGUUCACCACUAGACAGAUAGGCAGCUGGCACUGGGCUCAAGCUUGAAUCCAUUCCGGGGUGAGCCAGUUGCUGCAACCAUUAUGUCACCCAACAGACUCCGCUCCCUCAGCCUGGUCAUCAGCUUGCUGCUGUUGUACACCCAUGCUGUCAGUGGGGCAUGUCUAGCAACAUGCGAUUGUCAUGUGACCAACAACAGAAGCUAUGUGACCUGCACUGACCAAUCACUCAACGGCUUACCAAAAGAAUGGAAUAUGACUGCCUUCUCAGUUGAUCUCCAGAAAAACCAAAUAUCUCGUCUAGCUGACGUCUUUCAUGUAUUAACUGAUGUUGAAGUUGUGGAUUUGAGUUCAAACAAUAUCCAGUUUGUGAUAUCAGUGGACUUUAAACUGAACAGAUUAUUAAGAACUCUUAAUAUAUCCAACAACAACAUUUCAUUUCUUGGUGACAAUGCAUUUAUCAACAUACCAAAGCUUCAAGUUCUGAGUUUGGAAAAUAAUACACUUACUACUACGUUACUAACUAGUGCAAUAUUCAAUGGCUUGGCAGACUUAAGAGUGCUUAACCUUCGAAGGAAUGCUCUGACUUCUUUACCAUCUGAUGUGUUCAACCCACUGUCAAGUCUUGAGACUUUAUAUCUUGGUUACAACCAUAUAAAGACAAUCACUGCGGCUAGUUUUCUGAACGUUCCAAAAUUAACAGCGCUGUAUAUUUCACACAACCUAAUUACCAACUUCAAUGGUUCUGACAUUUUUUCUUCGAGCAAUGUGCUACAGACCUUAGAUUUAUCCCAUAAUAAGAUUGAAAUGUUAUCAAAUUUAACUCUGCCCUUUGUUCAGCACUUCGAUGUAAGUGGAAACAGACUGACAGAUAUAAAUAAUGAACUCUUCCAAGAUAUGAAAAACUUAACCGUUCUAAAUAUGAAUAAAAAUUUAUUGGCAUCAAUUGAAUUACCAGUGUUUUCAAAACUACAUCAACUAGACUUACUGUCAAUGUCAGAUCAACCAGACUUAAAAUACCUUGGUCAUCAAACAUUUAAAGGCCUGGGGAAUGUGCACACGCUUGUUCUAAGUCACAACCCAAACCUUUCUUUCAUACACACCGAGUUGUUCAAUGAACUUGCAACAGUCAGCAUAAUAGACCUGAGCUUUAACAACAUCAAGCAGCUUCAUAACGACACCUUCAGUGAAAACAGUGAACUAGUCAGUCUGGACCUUCAGGGUAACAGUUUCACUUGUGACUGCAGCAUAGACUGGAUUCUGGAAGACUUGCAGUCAAACGCCAGUAUUAUUCUUUAUCCUGAACACUUACAAUGUACAAUGCCAACAUCAGGGUUGUCAGAACCCAUGCUGAACUUGGAUAUAGAUUCAAUAACAUGCAGCUCAGUGAUCAUAGUUAACUAUUCCAGUGAAGCUUCUUUACAAAUUGGGCAAUCUGCAAUACUGAAAUGUGAGGCAAUAAGUGACCCUAGUCCGGAAAUUAUUUGGAUAACACCUCGGAAUAAUGUUUUAUCAUAUCAUGACUUUCACCCCUUCAUUACAUUGGAUAACAGCACUCCAUUCAAUUAUCUUGUAUACAACUCUAGUCAGGAUGUGCAAGAAAAGCGUUCCUAUUAUUCUGUGGGUGAAUCUGAACAGGGAAGAGUAUUAAUUCUUCAAGAUGGUUCCCUCUAUAUUGACUAUGUACUGAGAAGUGAUGCCGGCAAUUACAAAUGCAUAGCUAAAAACCCUCGUAACUCUACAGAAGUGACUAUUGCUGUGUCUUUAGAUUAUGCUGUAAUGAAAGCUGUGUACGUGUGGAGUCUAGUGGUUGGAUUCUCAUCCGCUGGAUCAUUUUUCCUUCUCAACUUGAUUUACUCCUUGACUCUUGCUGCUAUUCGCCGGUGUAUUAGCCAACGUAGGCGGGAGAGGAUAGCACAUGCAGUCGAGACUAUGGACCAGUAUAGGGCACACCAGCUAAACCGCAUCAAGGAGAACUAUACCAACCAGGUGGGGCGUAUUCGAGACCAGUAUAACUAUCAGCUGGGCAGGCUGAGGGAACACCAGCAGCACCAGAUGGAGCGAAUGGGCCGCAUGCGUGAUGGCGCUUCUCAGAGGAUGGAUAAAUUGCGUGAGAACUACAAUAACCAGCUGGGAAAACUAAAGGAUUAUAGCUCUAACCAGCUUGUUCAGCUGAGGGAAAAAUAUAAUAGUCAGGUGGACAAAAUCAAAGAUUAUGGAAGUGUUAAACUAGACAGAAUUCAUGAGAAGUAUAAACUAAAGCAACAGCAUGUUAUUAAAAUGCUUGAAAUGAUGAAUUUAGAUAGUUGUCGAACUGUAUUAGACAGUGAGUGCAUUAGAGCAGAGUCUAUGAUAUUGCAGUCCGAUGGCUUUCCAAAUGACAUCUCUCUUCAAAGCCCCAUAGACUCUAUGAGCAUCAGUGACUCAGAGUACCUGACUGCCACAAGUUCAGAAUCCUCCAUAUAUACGAGUCAGCAAAACAUUAACCUGGAAGAUGAAGACUCGCAACUAACACCUAUGAACCCUUUCAAUGAGGAUGAUCAACUGAACAGUCCCACACUGCACUGUGACCUAAAUGCUAAAACUCCAGACUCAGUAUACUAUGAAAUAGGUGAUACAGAGCCAUCUUGUUCCAUAUCUAGCUCUUUCAUAAGACAUCACAGCAGAAAGAAACGAUACAAGCAGGCUGACCGAGCAUCAAGGGACGAGGCUGAUCUCCUCUGUAGACUAGACUGUGAUACUGAGCAACAAUAUCCUUCAACCAGCGUGGUUGAAAUAGCCAUAAACCAGUCACCUGAUACCGCUACACAAGAAUCAGAACUAGAGUUGGACCAAACCUUAGUAAGUGGAGAAUUACUGGAGCUAUGCGUUGAUUUGUACGGUGGUCAAGAUGACUGGGAAAUAAAGGAGACUAUAGUCUGAUAAGAUGGAGACUUAUUGGACUUGGCAGUUAUCUCACUCUGAUUUGAUCUAUUUAUUAUUGAUAUUUUCCUGUUGAGGUUUAUAGGGUUCAACAAUAUAAACAAUGAUUUCCAUACAUUUAUUAUUCAAGUGUUAGUGCGGAAACUCAUCUGUUCAAUAAUGCAAUGUAAAUGCACUAAUGCAAAGUUUUACAAUCAGAGUUCACCUCACAUGAUACACUUUUUUGUUUUUAAAUGUUUGAUUGUAUGCAUGAACACAUUGCACAAAUGCACCUUUUUAUGCCCAUAAAAUCCUAGUUAUUGUCUUGGUAUUGAUAUAUUUUGAUCAUGCAUAAUGCUCAAACUUAAUGCUAUUUCGUUAUUAUAAAUGCUAUCAUGAGCGGAGCCGUUAAUUGUUCAAAUGUUUUGUUCUAGUCAAACACAAAUGUCUUAACAACAGAACUGGUAUUUUUCAAAAACCUUCACAACCCCAAAACAUGCUUUAUUUAUUAAGUCUGCUAUUUUGGUUUACACCAUAACUACAUACAUAUUCUAUUAAAUUCAAUGUGUUCAAAUAGAACAUGUUCACUUCUGUUUUGACUUUAAGUUGUAUAACUAAAUACAGAUAAAAACUAUUAUGUUACCAUAUAAAAUAGAGAACCAUGGUUACACUUUAAGUCAUGUACAUUGCAUUUUUCCUAUAAUUACGAGAAAGUGUUGGCCUGGAAACCAACAUCCAUCACACACAUGGUAUUUCUAUGUUUCCAUGUGCAUCAUCAUCAGCUAAGUAUCAUUUAAUCCAGAAAAAGUAUUGGAAGGUAUAUAUUACACCACCACAUAGCCAAUGUAUCUCUAUCCUUCAAAUGUUAUCACUUGCUCAUAACUGCAGAUUGAACCACUUCAUUUGUAUAAUUAUCUUAUUUAAAUGCAUACUUGUCUACCUUAAUUUGCAGUAAUUAAACUACCUGAAAUUACCAGUAAAAUUUCAGAAUAUUUUGAAACCAAAAACCUAUAGAGAUUAAAUUCUAUUUCUUGUAAGUAGUCUGAGUAUUUUUUGAAUGUGAAAUCGAGUAUUUUAAGUUAUUAUUACCAUGUUCAAUACGUUAUUUUUUGUAUGUUAUUGUUAUCUGGAAUAAAAGACAGAAAUUGCA